GCCGUACAACCUGGACACAUCAAGACACCUCUGAGACUCUACAUGUCACUCUCACGUCAAUUGACCCUCUACCCCCUAGCCUUCUCGACAUCCUAGCAUCCAAUACCCCAGCAAGCACUUCACCAUUAACAUGCCGUCGCCCUCAUCCUCCACUUCUCCCCGGCAGAGCCAUACGCACAAGAAAAAGCACGUCGACGUGUCCAACAACCUUAUCGCCGACGGCAAUCUUUUCACCAAAGCUACCUUUCCUCCGCGCUCUACGCGGCAUCCCCAACAACAAGCGCAGCAGGAACAAUCCGGCCCGCGAACAAGAGUCGAGUCCUACAAGCUCGGAAUCGGUCCAGACCCAAAAGGCGGAAAGCCGAUCAUGUCCACAGACACCAACGUGGUCGAGAGCAAUACAUCAAUAAACGUAACGCAAAAGACAAGGACCAAUAACACACAAAGGACAAAGCGCAAUCCGAACCUCGUCAUCGCGUUUGAUCUAUACGGCACGCUGCUGUCCACAGAGUCGAUUGCGGAGAAGUUGGCAGAGGUCUUUGCCAAUGAGAUUGAGGAAUUCAAAGGCGAAAGCAGCAAUGUUAAUAAUGGGAAAACGGAAAAAUCUGGGUCGAGCCCGGCAAGAGAGAAAGCAAAUGAAGUCGCGACACUGUGGAGGCGGUAUCAGCUGGAAUAUACCUGGCGGCUGAAUAGCAUGGACAAAUACUAUCCCUUUUCCACCGUAACUCGUCGAUCUCUGCACCACGCACUGGCCGAGGCAUUCCCGUCCUCGUCCUCGUCCUCGUCCACUGCUACCACAUCUUCCCGCAAAACCAAAAAGGUUCUCUCCUCAUCCGCCAUCCAGACUGUCAUGAGCGCAUACGAUUCACUAUCGACAUUUCCCGACGUCAAUCCUGCCUUGUCUGCACUCGCCAAACUCCAGCAGUCCUCCUCCCCUUCUUCCUCUCCCCCAUCCCCCUCCUCGUCCUCCUCAUCCUCCUCGUCCCAGAAACGAAACAUUACAGCCGUAAUCUUCUCCAACGGGACACAGCGCAUGGUCUCCAACAGCGUGACCAAAUCCUCCGACUUACGUCCGCAUUACCCGCAUUAUCAUCAUCCUCAUCAUCAACAGCAGCAACAGCAGCACCUGUUCGACAAACUCAUCACCAUGGAUGAUCUGGGACUACGACUCUACAAGCCCGCGCCAGAGGUCUACGAGGAACUAGCCACGCGCGUGGGAAAGGACGGAGCUGUAGCCGCAUCCGGAGCUGGAGCUGUUUCAGAUAUGGCAGAGUGCAUGUUAGUAUCUGUGAACCCGUUUGACAUUGUCGGUGCGCGCGCCGCAGGGAUGAAGGCCGUCUGGGUCAAUCGCGGCGGUGGACCUGGCUGGGUAGAUUGUUUACUGGAGGAGGAGGACGACGAUGACUCCGACUCCGACUCCGACUCCUACGACCACGACCACGACCACGACGAUGACGAUGAUGAUGAUGAUGAUGACGGCGAAGAGAGAGGAGGAAACGAGGAGGACGAGGAUGAGGAGGAGGAUGGGAAUGAACAGGAUAAAGAAGAGGAUGAAAACUACGGGCGUCGAAAACGAGGCGGAUCUAAACCGUCCCAAAAGCGACAAGAGAGGAACAAAGGCAAAUACAAGCCCACGGCGAUAAUACCGAGUCUGGAGGAUCUGGUAGAUGUUAUUCGUCCGGAAUUGUAGUCCUACAAACAUCGAGUGUGUAUAUAUAGCUGUACAAAUAAGAUCCAAGAAUCCGAGAAUGGGAGAAUCCGAGAGUUGGUCAUGAUCAUACAUAACUUACAUCACAUCCGACAAAAGAGGAACGGGGAGUCCCUAGGUCACUGAAACGGCA